AGGAGUGGCCAAAAGACUCAACAAAAUGGCUGCCGAGUUUCUCCUAUGAAAAUAAUUUGCGGAAAUUUCUCAAAAAUCACCGUUUCUACUUUGCCUAGCCGUGCGUGGGCGUGCCAUGGCGUGAGGGUAGGCCUAUGGGAACAACACAGGCCUAUAACAACCACGGACAAGCUGAAAUAAGAGGAGAAAUAAGGGACCCAGAGCAAUGCCAGAGGACGUGGAGACUAAAGAAAAUGGAACUGAGAGGAGGAAGGGAAGAGGAGGAGGAAGAGGAGGAGGAGGAGGAGGAGGAGAAGGAGGAGGAGUGUCUUCUCCAACCUCCAUCACCAAGAAGGGGAAGACUGUGUUAACCAGGGUGAAGCUGUUAGAUGGCUCGGACUGUGAAGUAGCGGUCGAGAAGAAGUGCCGUGGCCAAGAUAUCAUAAAUUCAGUAGCAGAGCAGAUUAACCUAUUGGAAAAGGACUAUUUUGGACUAUCCUACACUGACUAUCCUGGAGGAGGCACUGCUUGGAUCUGCCCAGAGAAACGGGUCGCCAAGCAGGUCAGAGGUCGCCCCUGGGAGUUCGAAUUCCAGGUCAAAUUUUACCCUCCUGAUCCUUCCCAGCUUGCCGAGGACAUAACUCGGUACCAGCUCUGUCUGCAGGUACGCCAAGACAUCCUCGCUGGACGGCUCCCCUGUUCGUUCGUCACUCAUGCUCUGCUUGGCUCGUACUUGGUGCAGGCAGAGGUCGGGGACUUUGAUAGUUCUAUGCACGGGUCUACUGACUACCUGGCUGAGUUCACCUUUGCUCCUCAGCAGAGCCAGCAGCUUCUGGAGAAAGUCAGAGAACUUCAUAAAACACACAAGGGGCAGACUCCAGCUGAAGCCGAACUACACUAUUUAGAGAAUGCUAAGAAACUUGCUAUGUACGGUGUUGACUUGCACCCUGCCAAGGACUCGGAAGGGGUGGACAUCAUGCUGGGUGUGUGCGCAUCCGGUCUACUGGUCUACCGGGACAAGCUUCGCAUCAACCGGUUUGCUUGGCCUAAGAUAUUGAAGAUCUCUUAUAAAAGGAGCAAUUAUUAUAUUAAGAUUCGGCCGGGAGAGUUUGAGACCUUCGAAAGCACUGUUGGAUUCAAGCUGGCCAAUCACAGAGCAGCUAAGCGGUUGUGGAAGGUGUGUGUGGAGCACCAUACCUUCUUCAGGUUGAUGACCCCAGAACCACCGCAAAGACAAGGACUGUGGCCAAGACUGGGAUCAAAAUUUAGAUAUUCUGGGAGGACUCAGUACCAAAGCAGAAUGGCAGCUAAUUUGAGCGACAGGAACAACCCCGGCUUCGAACGGUCCCUUAGUCGACGUAAGCUGUCCUCUCGUUCAAUGGAUGCUUACAGUAUAAUUGAGGCUCUGGGACACACAGGGGACUCUCCCGAAACCACAAAGAGGCACACAAUGUCCCACCCCCCCCACAUCCCGGGACUGGAUACUACUGCUACUACUACUACUACUACUGCUACUACUACUACUACUACUUCACCACCCAACUCUACAGGCACUGCUGAUAAGAGGCGGCGCGGAAGCAACUACUCAUCGCACUCGUCUGACUCAUCUGUUGAAGGAAAUUUCGUUGCCCCAGAGAGAGGAAAGAAGCCGCUGGGUGGAGUAGCAGUGGUUCCAGUGGCUGACCUUGUGGAAGCGACCCGCAAGAGGGCUGCUCAGAUGGCCAAGGCUCAGCCUAGUACACAGACGACACCUCCGUCAACACCACCUCCUAUCUACCACGGCGACCAGACCACCACCACCACCACCACCACCACUGACCCAGCCACAGUGAAUUCGGGGGGACCAGGGGGACGAGAGGUCAGGUCGCGCUCCGAAUUCACCUUUGACCCGACAGUACAGCUACGAGGCAGAGGUCGGAGCAGAGAAGAGGGAGUUUGACCCCUCGGCUACUGGCUUCACUUAUGCUGGCAAAGCUGAGGCUCCUGGCUUGAAGGGUGACCAAGGAAA